AUGGAUUUCAUUGCACCGUCCAAGCAGAAGGAGCUGAGGUCUGCACUCGAAAAGGUUAGGGAUGCAAUGGUGGUGGUCUGUGGGCCUCCGGGAUCGUCAAAGACCUACAGCAUAGAGAAAACAGCUCAUUCUCUGGGCCUGUCUGUAGAAUACAUCGAGGAUAUUGGGAUGUAUAGAAACAUGCUUCCGACGCGGAACACAAUAUGCCUCACCGAUCUGGAUGGCUACGAGCAUUUGUCCAAGCAUAGGAAAAGACUGGAGAGGAUGAGGAACUUGGUUAUUGAAACCAGGACGCUGCUCUCCAUCGGAAAGAUGCUUCCAAAUGUUGUCACCGUGAACUUCGGGAAGGUCUCGAACAGAAAGAUCCAGAAGUUCUACGGCCUGAGCGAUGCAGAAGCUUUGCAGGUUGACGGAAACCUUCAUGCCAUUAGGCUUUACAAGUACUCUUCAGGGAAUGAGGCAAUGUCGAUAUUCCAUCUGCUUGGAAGGCUAUUCCAUUCAAAGGCCAUCGAUGUAUCCAAGGCCGCCGAAAGGAUUGGGAUAUAUGGACGGGAUAGAUUUAUUGGGUAUCUGGUCGAGAACUGUGUGUCCUUCAUGUCUGUCGAGGAUAUUUGCAGGCUUACAGAAGGACUCAGCCUCAGCGACCUGGGAGACAUGCAUCUCGAGUAUUUGAUCUGGGUUGUUGCAAGUUCGGAGAAGACCGGGCCAAAAGGAUUCUUUAGCUUCAGAUCGUUCCGAGGAGUUCGUAGCGAGCAUGUGUGCAGCGGGAUAUGCAUGAAUAGAUGA